AUGGCACAUGAUAUUGUUAGAAAUGAAAGUAGAAAGAGAAAUCGUAAACAUGAUGAUAGUUCUGACUCCGAGUUCAGUGCAGGCUUAGAAAGCACAAAUACUGAGAGUGAGCAGUCAUUAUCAGACUCAGAAAUGUUUAACCCAUCACAAAUUCUGAGGAACAAAGGAGGUGGUUAUAAUACCCAAGAAAAAAACUUCUGGCCGAAGACAUUAAACAUAUCCGGGAAUUAUCUGACCUUCUACAGAAUAGACAAGGCUUUAAAACGGGAAACUUUGGCAAUGAUAAUAAAGGUUCUUUCAGAAAUGGUGGAAACAGAUCACAGCAGUUUUUUCGAUCAGGGCCCUCAAACAACAAAUACCAGUUUAGGGGCCACAACUACAGAGGGCAGCACAAUCAGAGGGGGAGGGGAAUGUCAAAGACCCCAUUCCCAAGGGAGACAGAGAAUCAGUAGAUGUGAAGUGUCUCCCAUUGGGGAUAGCAGUAACUCCCUGGGUAUUCACCUAGUUAAUGAAAGUCCCUGUAAGUUACCUUCGAUGCAUGGGAAUGAGGUUAGUGAUAUACCUGAACGAUAUUCUUGUCAUGAACCAGACAAAACUGGGAGCUUAGUAGAUGGCAAGAAAAUCAAGGAAAUCCCAGAGUCGUUCGUAUUCGGGUUUCCUUUCGGGGGAACGUACACCAGCAAUGUUGACAAUCCUCUAACUCAAGCACGUGAAUGUCUGCUAUAUUUUUAUCCCAUGGCAAUGAGUACCGAUAUCAAAUUAUGUGUUUCGGACGAUUUUGAACUAGGCUUCCGGUAUGAUGUGUCUUUUGCCGGACUUUUCACGUGCAAAUCUGGCAAUCCUCUAGCAAUCAUGAAGGAGGAUGUGUCCAAAAACAGCUCAAACAACAUGCAUUCCUACCUCACGUCUGCUAAUUCGGAGUUAUGGCCGCAUGCGUGUCCAACUGGUUAUAGUAAUCAUCUGGCGGCCUUGGCAGAAUCUUGCAAGAUUAGUUACUGUGUGAAAUCGCAGUCUUUCUCCAAACAAGAGUUCCCAACCAUUAGGAGACCCCCAUUCAUUGAAUUACCUCGUGAUGCCUUUUUACAACUCGAUGAAAACAACGGCACAUUUCAAGCAUUAACCGGAUCGAACCAGUCCUCCCAAAUCUCAAGUAACCAAACAUUCAGUGGAAAGUCCGUCAACAACAUGACAACUAUCUUAAUAGUUUCUGUUCUUUUUGCUAUCACUGCUUUGGCAAUGUUUACUUUCAUUGGUUUCUGCGUAAGGCGCCGAUUGAAGAAAGGGGGAGGGGGAGGGAAGGGGGGACACGAGGAGUCUAGAUCACAGGGAGGGGAAACGGAAUGCAGAAGUGUUUAG